AUGCCCAUCGAGAGACCCAGCGUCGUGACCAAGUUACCUCCACGGGCCGAGAAGUACAAGGCCCUGUCAGACGUUCCCCAGGCGCAAGUAGAAAGUAUCAGUCAGCGCGCUCACCCUAGCAAGAAGCCGAUUGAUGUGAAGCCCACUUCAAGUCCCAUUGGUAACCGCAACAAAUCAUGGGAAGUCGAAUAUCAGGACGCAGCCGCUCUCUACAUUGAUGCAGUCCUUAAACUAGCGAAAUUGGAGUUGGAUGAUAGAUCCCCAAGCGACCAUGGCAGAGAGGUCCGCAGCAUGGUGAUAGAUAAGGCGAUUCAGUUGAACUCGAAUCGCAUUGCGAGUCCCAACCAAUCUCGGGCCUUUCAGAGAUUGGCCAUCAGCGCCGAAUCAUCGGCUGGAUCCUCCCUCACGGUAGUCGAGGCGGAUGAGGAGCCACCGCCGUCAAAAGGCGCUCAGUCUGUCGUCAUCCGUUGCAAUGGCUGGACAAAGUCUGGUGUUCAAUGUAAACGCAACGUUCGAUCUAGUCCUGGGCUGGCGGUUGAAGGUGCAGCCACCGAAAUAUUCUGCUACCAGCACCGCUCGCGACUCCUCCAGCCGACUGGAUUCUACGCCAGUAAAGGAAGCGAGUGGGUGAGCUUCAACGAUUGGAUCCCAAGUUACUUGCAUCCAGAUACACAGGCCGCCUUGAGAGUGGAGAUGGAAAAACUCCCAUCCCCGUCAGACAGCCCUGGUCAUAUCUACGUCUUUGAAGUCAGAGACCGAUCAAGCGAUAGACUCAGACUCAAAGUCGGACGUGCCACCAAUGUAGUCAAGCGUAUCGACCAGUGGGACCGGCAAUGUCGUACACACGAGCACGUUGUACGCGGCUGGUAUCCCGAGCCUGAAAACACAUCGAAGUCCAAAUCACCUAGCCACCUCAAAGGAUUGGUUAAAGUUGGUGACCCGGCAGCAUGGUGCCAUCGCCUCGAGCGACUUAUUCACCUUGAGCUUGGGGAUCUGGCUACUAGGUCUGCAUAUCUUGAUCCUGAUUGGCCAGUGGUUGCGCCCUUGUCAACCAGCAACCAACGAAGCUCCGCCGUGCAGUGCCCAGACUGUGGUGAGUCCCACCGCGAGAUAUUUGAUUUCGUACGCGUCAAACAAGGCAAAUACCGAAAUAAAGAAUGGGAAAUGAUUGUUCUUCCAGUCAUACGUAAGUGGGGCCAAUUUACGGCCAAAUAUCUGUAG